UAGGAAAUAAUAGGAGUGGGUGGGUCUUUAACAAAAACAGUGAUUGAAACUUGGAAUACGAUGCAAUAAAAUGUAUUAUUUAAAAAAAAGGGUCAGCAAUACAACAAGCCGCAUUUUAGACUUCACGGUGUUUAGGUAAAGUGCGUUUUAUGGUGCCUUGUCAGUGUUUUUGUUUUUUGCAGGGUAGUACCGCCCUUUCUGGUAGAGCUGUCACUCACCAGACAGAGAGCCUGGUUAUCCCGGCCGGAGGAGCGACGCCACAGCCCAGCAGCAGCCAUUCGUGGAAAAAUAGGCCGUCCUUAUCCGAGCCUCAGCCAGCCUCUGAAUCCAUACCGUCCGGCCUUUUUUCUUAAACUACUCCUCUCUGUAUUUUUAUUAAUGCGGAAUGAGUGAUCAAAAGAACGAAACGAUGGCGACAGAAGGAGGAAAAUCAAUUGGUGGGGAUUAUAGUAAUAAAGGCAAAACUUCUGUAUUGCAGGACGCGCAACCCUCUCCUCUGGCACUGCUCGCCGCCACUUGCAGCAAAAUAGGAGGGGCUCCAGGUGAAAACCAGGCAGGACAACAGCAAAUUAUCAUCGAUCCCAGUCAAGGGCUUGUUCAUCUGCAGAACCAACCGCAGCAGCUGGAACUGGUCACUACGCAGCUUGCUGGGAACGCCUGGCAGAUUGUCGCAGCAGCUCCGGCGGUAUCUAAAGAUAACAUUACACAGCAAGGGGUUACAGUGGUCACCAGUGCAGCCGGCAGCAACCAUGACAGCAUCGCCACCAGCAAGGCUAAGACCGUCACCUCCAACAACGUUACAGUGGGGCAGCAGCAAUUCCAAGUCAUUCAGGUGCAGAACAUGCAGAAUUCGUCCGGCGGCGGCGUACAGUAUCAAGUGAUUCCGCAGAUUCAGACUUUGGAUGGCCAGCAGAUCCAGUUCAGCUCUGUAAACCCCACAGCUCUGAACGUGCAGCACGACCAAAUCCAGUUCAUACCUGCAGGAAAUAACCAAGCCAUCAUCGCUACGCCAAACAGGGCUACGUCUGCAAAUAUUGUCACCCAGAAUGUGGCGAAUCAAGCGAUACCCUUUCAAAUCAGGCCGGGGAUGUCUUUCCCGUUGCAGUUGCAGACAAUUCCUGGCGCUCAGACUCAAAUGGUGACCACCGUACCCAUUAACAUAGGCGGAGUUACUUUGGCAUUGCCUGUGAUAAACAAUGUGGCCGCGGGAGGAGGGUCUCUCCAGCUUGUUCAGCCUACUGAUGGUGGGGUCUCUAACGGGAAUCAGCCGGCUACCACGCCUGUCUCCACUGCUGUCAGCAGCAUGCCGGGAUCUCCCUCCUGCACAACCACUGCAGCUGCGACGCUGUCGGGCAGUGACACGCUUGUGAUAAACUCCGCAGAAGCUAGACAGUACACCAACGCCUCGUCCACUUCAGAAAGUGCAUCUGAUCAAGAACCCCACAAUGUCACGGGUAAUGAGCCUGACGGGUCGAGCCCGGUUCAGGCUAACGGAUUGCAAACGGUUCAGGACCAGUCCAGUCAGAUUCAGCAGGUGCAGAUCGUGGGGCAGCCCAUGCUGCAGCAAAUACAGAUCCACCAGCCCCAGCAACAACUGAUACAGGGUCUUUCUCAACAGGCAAUUCAGCUCCAACCAGGACAGACUGUUCAGACGAUCCAGCAGCAGCCUUUGCAGAACGUUCAGCUCCAGGCAGUGCAGAGUCCAACCCAGGUGCUCAUUCGGGCCCCGACCUUGACACCGUCUGGACAGAUCAGCUGGCAGACCGUGCAGGUGCAGAACCUUUCCAAUGUGCAGCUACAGAACGCAGGAUUACCCCAGCAGCUCACCUUUACCCCGGUGACUUCAAACGCGACAGGAGGCACAUUUGCCCAAAUCACGCCUCUUGCUGUUGGUGGUACUCCCAUUACUUUAAAUGCUGCACAGCUCGCAUCGUUGCCCAACAUUCAGACAGUCAACAUUGCAAAUCUUGGAGGUGCCGGGGUUCAAGUACAGGGAGUUCCCGUCACUAUCACGGGUGUAACAGGGCAGCAGCAGAACCAGGACGGAGUGAAGGUUCAGUCGUCUCCAGUAACAGUAGCCGUGGGGAACAUUGCAAACGCAGCGCUCAGUGCUGUCAGCACCGACCAGAUCACACAAGUGCAAAUUCAACAGACCCAGCAGGUCUCUGACCAGGAGGGGCAGCCAGGCAAGAGGCUCAGGAGGGUCGCCUGCUCGUGUCCCAACUGCCGGGAUGGAGAAGGAAGAAACAACAGCGAGCCGGGGAAGAAGAAGCAGCACAUCUGCCACAUCGAGGGCUGUGGGAAGGUGUACGGGAAGACGUCUCACCUGCGAGCGCACCUGCGCUGGCACACAGGAGAGAGGCCCUUUGUGUGUAACUGGAUCUUCUGCGGGAAGAGGUUCACCAGGAGUGACGAGCUGCAGAGACACCGACGCACCCACACAGGUGAGAAAAGAUUUGAAUGCCCAGAAUGUUCAAAGAGGUUCAUGAGAAGCGACCACCUUUCCAAGCACAUCAAAACUCACCAGAACAAGAAGGGUGCUGCAGCCCUGGCUAUCGUCACCACUGAGGACAUGGAGGACGCUGUGAACGAUGUCCUGGGCUCCCCGCGGAUUGUCACUGUAGCCUCGCUGUCCCAGGAUUCAAACCCAGCUUCCCCAAACGCAUCAAGCAACAUGGAUGAGUUUUAAAGAGGAUUUUCUAUACCUGGGUCCCAUUUUGCACUCAAGGUUGCAUACCUUUCAAGAUAUGAAAGUGGACCAAAAACAAAAUGAAAACAUGCACAUCAGAAGAUUUUUUUUAUGGUAGCUUUUAAAAUAAAAUGAAUGUAUUAUAACAGAUUCUAGUAGUACUGCCGAAAUGUCUUUUAAUACUAGUUGAAAAAUAAAUAUAAAAAAGCACAAUGGUUCUGAAUAAUAUCAAUGCAGUGGGUAUUUCACUAUAUAAAAAAAUUAAUAAAAAUGUUUUUUUAUGCAAAACAGAGUUGCCAGUUUGCACCACCUUGAUUAACUAAAAUGUCUCACUGAAAAGAGGUCAGAAAGUUGAUGACAGCAUAAAGACAUACCCAGGCCAGUAUUCCUGUACUAAAUAUCUUCUGUUUAGUUAACAGAUGAUGGCUUUCUUUUUUUAUUUUAAAGAAAUACUUGACCAUAAUAUUUGUAAAGAAGAUUUUUUACAAAAUAGUACAUCUCCUUGAAAACAUCAGUGAUGUUAGGUUUUGAAGAGAACAUUAUUAUUAUUUUUUUUAACAAUGUUUAACUUUACCUGUUAAUACUUUUAAAGAAAGCUAUACUGUAAAGACAAUCUUUUUUUUUUUUUCAAUGAAGUCAUGUUUACAUUAGGAUUAUAUAAUAAAAGUAAUGAUUUCUUCUAUCGUGUUUAUUAAUUGGUUUAAAGAUAAUCGCUGCUUUGCUCACCGGAUUUUGUGCAGGGAGAAACUCAUUUGUUUUGCUGUUGUAUCGAUUCUUAAGCAGCUCAGUUACCACACGAUGAAUUAUAUUGCCUUAAUAUACUGUAAAAGAUAAUUGUAAGUUAUUUCUCCGGAGAUAGAAAGGUGUUCAGCUGUCCGACUCCAUUCCCCUGUGAAGAAUCGAUGUCCAAAGUAGCGUUCCGAGUCCACUAGUGUGUCUUCAAAGGAAUGUAAAAUAUAGUGCCCAAUUUAUACUGAAACCGGAGCAAACGGAUAGCUGAAGAGUAAAGGCCACUUUGGGGUGCAAUAGCAUGUACUCAAAUGGCAUUUUACUUUUAUUCAUUCCUUUUUCUUGUUGCAGCUUUUAUGCCAGUGUCUUGCUUUGUCUCAGAGAAGGCUACUUUAGUCUCCAUAUUUAUAAUAUAAAUAAUAAUUCCAGUGUCGGUAUUAGAUGUGAGUUAGUACAUUCUGUUAGAUUUUGGUUAUGUUCAUAUAUUGGCAGAACUAGAUGACUAGUACUGAUUUCUUAUUUAUCAUUAUUUCAAUAUUUGCCUUUGUAAAAUGAACAGCUAAAGUGUGUAUUGUAAGCUACCUAUUACAUUUUCAGGAAAUUAUGUGCAGCAUGUUUUUAUAUAUAUAUAUAUAUAUAUAUAUAUAUAUAUAU